AUGGGCUUGUUCGCGUCCAUGUUGAAAUGGGAAAUUAGUUUCGAUGGUGCGAGCUCCAAAUCCGCAGCAUCUGGAAUCGACCACGCCCUUAAUCGUGAGUCACGCCCUGACAUCCGCAAUAUAGACCUUAAAGCUUUUGUUAAUAUUUCAGUAGAACAUUCGCCCAGAGGUUCUGCUGCUUCUACCCCUCUUGCACAAGAGCUUGUGGAUUUUCCUUAUGCAGCAAUUGAUUCAACUUCAUCUACUGAAAUUGAUCAUAUUCCUUCAAACAGAAUCCAUUUAACUAGUGUUGAAACAUCUAAUGCUUCAACUUCUGCACGUCCACAUAUGCAUGAUCAAAUCUCUGGUACCUCUGAUGGAGUUCUGUCACAAAAUUCCAGUGCACUUGUUGAAUCGAAUCGUACUGGACAAAGUGGCAUUUCCAUGUUCCAAAGCCUGAUUGAACGUGCUCGAAGGACUGUGCGUGGAUCUGCAGAUGAUAUAGGAUGGCUUCAACGUGAUCCAGGAAUGCCUCCGGUUGAAGAUGGAACAGAUAGGUUUCUGGAAAUUCUAGACAACAUCAAGCAUGGUGUUCACAAGUUACCAAAUUCAGUGGUUUAUUUGUUAGUUCCAGGUCUUUUCAGUAAUCAUGGUCCACUUUACUUUGUCGAUACAAAAGUCAGUUUUUCAAAAAUGGGUUUGACAUGUCACAUUGCAAAGAUUCAUAGUGAGUCUUCAGUAGAGAAAAAUGCCAGAGAGCUGAAAGAGUACAUUGAGGAAAUUUAUUGGGGUUCACAGAAACGUGUCCUGCUUCUUGGACAUAGCAAAGGAGGAGUUGAUGCAGCAGCUGCUUUAUCAUUGUAUUGGUCUGAUUUGAAAGAUAAAGUUGCUGGAUUGGCAUUAGCCCAAAGUCCCUAUGGUGGAACUCCUAUAGCUUCAGAUCUUCUGCGUGAAGGACAGCUUGGUGAUUAUGUGAAUUUACGGAAACUUACCGAGAUUCUUAUUUGUAAAGUAUUAAAGGGUGACAUGCGAGCCUUAGAAGAUUUGACAUAUGAAAGGCGGAGGGAGUUUUUAAAAGAGCAUCAUCUGCCAAAAGAAGUCCCAGUUGUUUCCUUUCGGACUGAAGCUGGCAUUUCACCUGCCGUUUUAGCCACAUUAUCUCAUGUUGCACAUGCCGAACUUCCACCCCUGGUUACUCCGGCUGGUGAGUGUACAAAACUCCCGGUGGUGAUGCCCCUUGGUGCUGCUAUGGCUGCUUGUGCACAAUUGACACAGGUGAGGUAUGGUGAGAAAAGUGAUGGCCUUGUGACAUGCCGAGACGCAGAAGUUCCUGGAUCUGUCGUAGUGAAACCUAAGCGAAAAUUGGACCAUGCUUGGAUGGUUUAUUCAUCGCUAAAUGAUGACCCUUCUGAAGGAGAUGCAUCUCAGGUGUGCGAGGCUCUCUUGACUCUACUUCUUGAAAUCGGGCAGAAAAAGAUGCAUGAGUUUGCAAUGAAAGAAGAAUGA